UGCUGCCACCUCGGAGCUAAAGACUCGGAUUAAGCUCCAUCUCCAGCACGUUUUCAGCUCUCCAGAGGCAUAGAUGCUCCAGGUUCAAGCAUCCUAGAAGAAGAGUGACACGUCCAAGAGCUGAAAGGAUGCUCCUCUACUACUCCUAAAAGCAUUUGGGGACUCUGCUCCUUUUUCAGGACUGAAAGAGCCUAUUUGCCUUCUGCUGUCUCCAUCCUUGUCCCAUCCUGCUCUCUGCAUGUGGUAACAAUGGAUCCCGUGGAGCCCCCUGUGCACAUUUUCCGUGAGGAGCCACCCUCCACCUGCUCUCCAGGCCCCUGCCUCCUCCCCAGCAGCAGCAGCUGGUUCCUGGGCUGGGCUGAAUAUGGCAACAAUGCCACUGGUGGCUUUGAAGACUUGCAGCAGAACCACACCAACAUUUCCCCAGCAAUCCCCAUUAUCAUCACUGCUGUCUAUUCUGUGGUCUUUGUGGUUGGCUUGGUGGGCAACUCUCUGGUUAUGUUUGUCAUCAUCAGGUAUACAAAGAUGAAGACAGCAACGAACAUUUAUAUUUUCAAUCUGGCUAUGGCAGAUGCUUUAGUUACUACGACUAUGCCUUUUCAAAGCACUGAAUACCUGAUGAACUCUUGGCCAUUUGGGGAUGUGCUGUGUAAAAUAGUUAUUUCAAUUGACUAUUAUAACAUGUUUACCAGCAUAUUCACAUUGACCAUGAUGAGUGUUGAUCGAUACAUUGCUGUGUGUCACCCUGUGAAAGCCCUGGACUUCCGCACUCCUCUCAAGGCAAAGAUAAUCAAUAUCUGUAUCUGGCUAUUGUCCUCAUCUGUUGGUAUAUCUGCCAUAGUCCUUGGAGGCACCAAAGUCAGAGAAGAUACUGCUAGUACUGAAUGUUCUUUGCAGUUUCCAGACACUGAUUAUGUGUGGUGGGACAUCUUCAUGAAAAUCUGCGUCUUUUUCUUUGCAUUUGUUAUUCCAGUUCUCAUUAUCAUUGUUUGCUAUACCCUGAUGAUCCUGCGCUUGAAGAGUGUACGACUUCUCUCAGGGUCUCGAGAAAAAGACCGAAACCUUCGUCGGAUCACCAGAUUGGUUCUUGUAGUUGUGGCAGUUUUCAUUAUCUGUUGGACUCCCAUUCACAUUUUUGUGCUGAUUGAGGCACUAGGAGAUGUGCCCCAUAGCACCGCAGCAAUCUCCAGCUAUUAUUUCUGUAUUGCUUUGGGUUACACCAACAGCAGUCUAAAUCCUAUCCUGUAUGCUUUUUUGGAUGAAAACUUCAAGCGCUGUUUCAAGGACUUCUGCUUUCCCUUUAAGAUGAGGAUGGACAGGCAGAGCACCAGCAGAGUCAGAAACACAGUCCAAGACCCUGCUUACCUGAGGGAAGUGGAUGGGACAAACAAACCAGUAUGACUAGUCGUGGAGAUGUCAUCUUACUGUCCUCAAGGAAGAGGAGAAUCAAAUGAUCUUGGACUAACUCAAAUAACCACUGUGGUUUGAGACAUUUUUGAUAAUAUUUAGGAAUUCUAAUAGUUUGAACUAAAAUACAUUAUUUGCUUAGGGCAGGGAAUUCCCUAAAAUAAGCUCAAAGAAAAAAGAAGACUGACUGACUGCCAGAUUUUGGAACCAUAUUUACAGUGGAGCUGAGCCAGUGGUAAAAUACCCACUUUCAGUAAGAUAGGAAGUGCUUCAUAUUGUAUCAGGUGACUCUGGACAAGAAAAAAAAAAAUCAAACUGUUCUUCUUAUAGUACAUAUCUACCACUAUCUAGUCUAUACCCAGCAACGUUUGCUGAUAACACUGAAUCAGGUUAUGGUGGAAACUCUGUUUUGACCUAAAAAUCUUUGCUUCAGAAACAAAAAGAAGGCAUCUUCACUUACUUUGUUGCUUUACAAUGAAUAGUAUCAGUUCUGAGACUACAAAACAUGGCAGAGCUAUGUAAUUCAAAUUCUCAUUAACUACUUGGUGUGAAAUAACAUACGUUUGUCUGUAUUGUGGAGAUCUAGUUUAAGCAUGAUCUGCCUUCAGACCAAAAUGAUUUUAUUGUGUCUGUGUAUU